GUAUUACUUGGACAGCGUCCUCAACCCCCAUGGGUUCGCUACAUAUCCCUGCACUUCCUACAAGGACUUUGAGUCUGUCCUGGGAGGAAAGGGUGCCUUCAAGAUGACCCAGUCUAUGCCAAAUUAUCUAACCAGGUCACCACCUCCCAGGAGCAGGUCUUCUGGAUCACCAAGCUUCACGUCCCCCUGUGGCACUUCCAGUCCCCCAGCUUCUGUUUCUAAGGAGCAACACCACACCAAGCAAUGCCAUCUUCAAACUCAAAUGCAAGUGAGAGCACAGCAGUCAUCACUUUUGAUGCCUCAGCCCUGUGUGUUUGCAGCAAGAAGGCAACAUGUUGGAAACAGAGCAGCCCUCACCAGAGAUCAGACCUGCUAGCGGCUCCAUCUUGAGCUUCCUAGGUCUCCAGAACUACAACAACGUCCUGUAUUUUGUACCAGCAAUGAGAAAAGUGACAUAGAGGAUAUUCAAGAUCUAAACUAUAACACUGUGAGAGUGCUCAGCACACUCUAGCUACGUAAUGAAUGUGAACAAAGAAAAGAACAUGUGAAUCAUGCACCUGAAGGCACUGACGAAGUACUCGCAGGACUAAAACUAGGAAGGAAAUCAGAGAGGCUGGCCUGGAGGGACAUGCAGAGACCUGGAGAGAGGAGUGCCGAGGGUCAAGUCUGGUUAUAAAAGGCUACAGCAAACCUGCAGGGCACGAGUGGCAGUCCCAGCUCAGCAAAAUGCUGUUCUCAUGGACCAUUGGCCUUCUCCUGCUGGCCACCAUCAGAGGGAAAGAAGUCUGCUAUACACACCUUGGCUGCUUCUCCAAUGAAAAACCAUGGGCAGGGACCCUUCUGCGGCCUGUAAAGAUAUUUCCAGAAUCCCCUGAAAGCAUUAAUACUCGGUUUCUUCUGUACACCAAUGAAAAUCAGAACAACUACCAACUGAUCAAUGCCACUGACCCGGCCACCAUCAAAGCUUCCAACUUCAACCUGGACCGCAGGACCCGCUUCAUUAUUCACGGCUUCCUAGAAAACGGCGAGAAGUCCUGGAUGACAGACUCGUGCAGGAGAAUGUUCCAAGUGGAGAAGGUGAACUGUGUCUGCGUGGACUGGCAGGGCGGGUCUCGGACCAUAUAUGGCCAAGCCACUCAGAACAUUCGCGUCGUGGGCGCUGAGGUCGCUUACUUAAUACAAGUGCUGUCGACGAAGCUGGGGUACGACCCUGAGGACGUGCACAUCAUCGGCCACAGCUUGGGCGCGCACGCGGCGGCGGAGGCGGGAAGGCGACUGCAAGGCCGCCUGGGCAGGAUCACAGGGCUGGAUCCAGCAAAGCCAUACUUCCAGGACACGCCCGAGGAAGUUAGACUGGACCCAUCUGAUGCCAUGUUUGUGGAUGUGAUUCACACAGAUACUGCUCCCCUGCUUCCCUCCUUUGGUUUGGGAAUGAGCCAAAAGGUGGGCCAUCUGGAUUUCUUUCCAAAUGGAGGAGAGGAAAUGCCUGGGUGUAACAAAAAUAUCCUCUCAACCAUCACUGAUCUAGAUAACCUCUUGCAAGGAAUCCGCAGUGUUGUCUCUUGCAACCACAGAAGGAGCCGGGAGUAUUAUUACAGCAGCAUCCUCAACCCUGAUGGCUUCCUGGGCUACCCCUGUGCCUCCUACCAGGAGUUCCAGGAGAAUGGCUGUUUCCCUUGUCCGGCCAUAGGAUGCCCCAAAAUGGGGCACUAUGCUGACCAGUUUAGGGGAGAAACCAGUGCUGUGGAACAAACCUAUUUUCUGAACACAGGAGAUAGUGGUAACUUUACUUGUUGGAGGUAUAAGGUAUCAGUCACACUAUCUGGAGAAAAGGAUCUGAGAGGGUACAUCAUGAUCUCUUUGUUUGGAAAAAAUGGAAACUCAAAACAGUAUGAGAUUUUCAAGGGAGCCCUCAAACCAAGUUCCAGGCAUACACAUGAUAUUGAUGUGGACUUCAAUCUUGGAGAAAUCCACAAAGUCAAGUUCCUGUGGAACAACAAUGUGAUAAAUUUCUUUCAGCCCGAACUGGGAGCUUCCCAAGUCACAGUACAGAGUGGUAAAGAUGGGACCGAGUAUAAUUUUUGCAGCAGUGACACUGUGCAAGAAGACGUCUUACAGACUCUUUUCCCUUGUUGAAAGCACGGUGCAGCUUUUGUCUCUUGGUGAUAAUAAAUUGCUGAACGCACUUGGUCUGAGGUUGAGGUGUUAUUUGGACCUUCUCCAUGUUCUAGAGUCAUGUUUGGGAAGUGAUUAUUGAACUUGGAACCAAAUUUUCUCCAGGGAUGCCUGGAAUCUUCCACCCACCCACCUCCGCCAUGUGGCUCUCUUCCAGGACUUCAGAGAUUCCACUGAUAGACACUCGGGGUGUAGAUGGUGGAACCCGUUGAGGAACGUGGAGGUGGCUUCCAGAAUUAU